CUUGACAGAGAGAGAAAGAGGAGAGGGAGAGAGCUUUGGAACAGGAGAAGGCCUUGCAAGAGAGAGAAAGAGGAAAAUGAGAGAGCUUUGGAACAGGAGAAGGCCUUGCAGAGAGAGAAAGAGGAGAGGGAGAGAGCUUUGGAACAGGAGAAGGCCUUGCAGAGAGAGAAAGAGGAGAAGGAGAGAGCUUUGGAACAGGAGAAGGCCUUGCAGAGAGAGAAGGAGAGAGAGCUUUGGAACAGGAGAAGGCCUUGCAGAGAGAGAAGGAGAGAGCUUUGGAAGGAAGAAGGCCUCGCAGAGAGAGAGAGAGGAGAGGGAGAGAGCUUUGGAACAGGAGAAGGCCUUGCACAAGAGAGAGUGGAGAGGGGAGAGCUUUGGAACAGAAGAAGGCCUCGCAGAGAGAGAGAGAGGAGAGGGAAGAAGAGCUUGGAACAGGAGAAGGCCUUGCAGAGAGAGAAAGAGGAGAAGGAGAGAGCUUUGGAACAGGAGAAGGCCUUGCAGAGAGAGAAAGAGAGAGCUUUGGAACAGGAGAAGGCCUUGCAGAGAGAGGAAGGAAGAGCUUUGGAAACAGGAGAAGGCCUUGCAGAGAGAGAAAAAGAGGAGAGGGAGAGAGCUUUGGAACAGGAGAAGGCCUUGAGCAGGUAG